AAGGACGACGAAGUUAUGGUUGUCCGUGGUACCUACAAGGGUCGUGAAGGUAAGAUCGUCCAAGUCUACCGUAAGAAGUGGGUUAUCCACAUUGACCGUGUCUCUCGCGAGAAGGUUAACGGUGCCACUGCUCCCAUUGGCAUCUCUCCCUCCAAGGUUGUUGUCACCAAACUCAAGUUGGAUAAGUCUCGUGUUGCCAUUCUUGAACGUAAGGGUAAGAAGGACGCCAUGAAGCAAGUAAUAAACUGGCUACUCUUUUCCCCCUCCACUUUUUGUAAAGCGUCAAUAAACAAAAAUCUCAAAACAUAUGCCAUUGUCUCUCUUUUUUUUUCUCUCUCUCUUUUUCUCUGUUUUUUUUGUGGAUUAGUGAGAGACACAGUAGUCUACAUACACCAUGGUUUCUUACAC